CUGAGUCUCGUCAUUAGGGCAGCCCAUGUCCUGCAGGAGAGGAGUGACAUGUCGCUCCCAAUCAUCCAUGAUUUGAUAACUCAUGAGCAACGCGUUCACUGCUCAAUAGUUCACAAACAUUCUACCACUAUUCAACAUUCGCGCCAAAAACUUUCGGCGAAUGAGCGCGCAGUAUCACGUGGCCGCAAAAAAACGCACGGCGCUGUAGUGUGGCGGUCUCCGGCCGCCCGUCAACGCGACCGGAACAGGAGUGUGUUGGUUCUGAGGCCGCACGCCCUCUGCCUCGCAGUCCGCACCCAUCCCUCUCGUUUCACAGCCAGAGUAAUAGCGCCAUCCCUCUCCCCCGAGUUGGCGCCUCACGCCUACCAUGGGCGGCCGAUUUCCCGCCGUCCGGCUGUGGCCAAAACAUGGCCGUAG